AACCAAAAUGACUACAUAGCCAGUCCCAAAAGGACGAUGCAACCUGAAGAUUACUCAGACAAGCGAAUGGUCGAUUAAGCUCCUUCGGAUAUUCAGCCGCACAAGGCUGGCUCAGAAUGAAGUUCAAUAUCAUGACCCCUCUCCCGUGACGGCCACUUCCUAUCUCCCAUAGACAGUCUUUUGCCAAUUUCUGAUGCUCAUCAAGGGCGCUACAUCAACCCUUUCGCCAUGUCGCUCAAUCGCUCGGCCACCCAGAAAGCUCUCGGCCAGUCUGUACGCCGCACUCCUACCCAGAAAGCUCGAGAUGUCUCUGCUAGGAAAGCAAAGGGCUACGACAAUGUCUCGCAGGGCAUCAAGCAGCUCUACCCACCCGAAACCGAUAAUGCCCCUGACGAUUCCGAUAUUGAUAUCGUCCUAGUUCCAGGUCUAGGUGCUCACCCCGAGAAAAGCUGGGAGUCUGGAAAUGAAAAGUCCAAGUUCAACUGGGCUACCGACAAAGAUGGCGGCAUCAUCAAGGAUUUUCCAAAGGCUAGAAUCCUGCUCUACAUGUACGAGUCGGCCUGGGUUGGCGACUACAAGGUCAAGCAAUUCAUGAAUAACAUUGCUCACACCCUUUUGACAUGCUUGAAAGCCAAGAGAAAGAACUGCAGAAACCGGCCCAUUGUGUUUAUUGGACACAGCAUGGGAGGCCUGGUUAUUGCAAAGGCAGUAGCUUAUGCUGACACGCGCCGCGAGCUGUACCCCGUCAUGUUUGAAGCUAUUUCCGCCGCCAUCUUCUUCGGAACCCCUUUCAAGGGUGCUGCUAUUGCUCCUACCGCCGUCAUGUUCUCCCGCCUUGCCGAGAAGAGUCAUAGCUUUGGCGCAGUAGCCUCCAAGCUGUUGGAAGAUAUGACCCCGGGAAACAGUUAUCUCAAGUCUAUCCGAGAAGAGUUUGCCACCUUGAUCACCAAGCUCACUCCCAAGAUCCACGUCUUCUGCUUUUACGAAGAGCAACCGACCAACUUCGCGGAAAUGGCACACCUGCCUAAAUUUGCCAACAUCGUCUUUCCCAAGGAAUACAAAGACUUUGUCACCGAAGAGUCAGCAACGCUUGAUGGCUACGAUAAACUAGGCCUAGCGCGCGACCAUCGCAACUUGGUCAAGUUCAAUGGGCCAAAGGACGAAAUAUGGUCACAGGCCGUUCGUGAAAAGCUCAAGACUGCCAUUAGCGGUGCAUACCUCACGGCCAAGAAUCGCGUUGCUUCGGCCCGUGGCUUGGACUUGACAGCACUUAAAGGCAUUCUCGACGCUCUGGAGGGUGCAUCGGUGCACCGUAAGAGGAGGGAUUUGGGAAGAGCCGUGUCUGGAUCUACUUGGAUAACUAGCAUCCCCGAGUAUACAGAAUGGGUCAACAUCAUCAAGACACAAACCGCUGAUCAAGAGGCGUCCAAGAGCGAAUCGCUUGUGGACUGCUUGUGGGUUCGAGGCCCAGAGGGAAGAGGAAAGACAGGCGCGACGCUGGCCGUACUCAAUGACAUUGAAACCCUCCAGGAAAAGCACGGAAAUUCUGGCCAAGACGGUAUUCUUCUGGCAUACUUCUUCUGCGAACCCGUCGCGGACUACUCCACAGCUGAAGAUGUGCUCAGAUCUCUACUGUGCCAGCUCAUCAACCAGCAGAAUGCACUCGCUGCUCACGCAAGCGUCUUUGUCAAGAAAAAUUCAAAAGACAAUUCGUCCAAGCCCCAAUCUCAAUCCCAAGCGACGGUCGAUAACUUGUGGCAGUGUCUGCUCAACAUGCUUUCCGAUGAGUUCGCAGGCCGCCGAAUCUACGUCGUCAUCAACAAUCUUCAUGUUCUGCAACCUGAGUCUGAAUCGACAAUAAAGCUGAUGCACUAUCUCAAUGCCGAACUUUCAACCCGGAGGCUCGUCGAAGAUGAGGGCGAAGGCUACCCUGUCUCCACGCGGUGGUUUCUCACAAGCAGGGAGUUUCAGACUAUUGGACAAGCCUUAACAACUCCAUGUGUGCGGCUGGUAAACCUUCGAGAUGUGAAAUACGUGAACGAGGUUCAAAAAGAUCUACAACUACAUGCCAAGGGCAAGAUCAAAGAUCUCGAAAAGCAGAAAAAGUACAACAAGGCGCUGGCUUACUACGCCAGUAGUCUGAUUGGUAGGCGGGCAACCAACAUGCAUUGGAUUGAUCUCACCUGUGUCCAGCUUGCAGAGCUUCCUGAAACAGAAAGCCACGUCAAGAUUCGCUUUAUUCUCGAGACCACACCCAAAGACCUCAGCGACCUCCUGAAAGACAGGUGGAACGAAAUCUUCAGCUCCAAUGGAGAAGCCGGCGGAAGAAUCAAGGAGUUGCUACGAACUCUACUCUUGACGUUUGAAGAUCCGACUGAGGAAGAACUUGCUAUACUUGCAGGGCUGUCAUGGGCGGAAGUUCACAGCCUGAUUGAGAAGUGCAAGCCGUUCUUAUCAGUUGUGAAGCAGACCGUGACUUUUAUGAAUGCGGCCGUGAAGAAGCAUCUUGAGGACAACAAGUCACUGCUCCUGGGAAUGGAUCAAGAUGAGAUUGAGUGGCAGCACGGUAUCCUAGCUCUCCGAUCCCUUACACACUUGAAAGAAGCCUUUGACUUCCCCGAACGGGUGGUUGUUGCUGUUGAAAAUGGAAUCGUAACAGACAAUGUCACAGGAGACGGGAUUCACGAGCAGGAUGGAGAAGGAAAUAGUGUGGAUGGAAGUGAUGACCGAUAUCCCGCCAGCGAAACCCAGGUGGAGGACAAUGAUCCUGAUGAAGAAGCAGCUUCUGAAGUUGAUGGGAUGGACGAUGAUGACGAUGACGGUUCGACAACCGACUAUUCCGAGUACGACUCGGAGGAGUGGGGGGAGGAGGCAGACGAAGAUUGCGAUCCGGAAGCCGACGAAAUUCGGGACCGAGCACUGAAAUAUCCUGUCAAGCAUUGGCUUCAUCACGGCAGCAAAUCGACUCCAGAGUUUGCCGACGACCUCAGCCAGGACCAAGAGUUUUGGACAACAGAUUCGCCGAUCCGACGCCGCUGGCUUACUGAAUACAUUCGGGUAAUGGGAAAACUCGACGGCUGGGCCAGUAAGACUCUCACUGCUUUGCAUGUUGCUUCCUCUCUUGGUUUUAGUCGACUUGUUGUUGCCCUGUUGAACAAUGGACAUGACCAUGAAAUGUACAUGUUCGAUUCGCUCAGAAACACACCGCUUCAUCUUGCGGCGCAUUUUGGACGCACGAAUACCGUCGAGGAACUCUUGAACCGAAACGCAGUGAUCGAUAUUACCCAAAUCCCCUUUGACGAUACAGCCCUACAUAUGGCCGCGGUAAAUGGCCAUGUAGAUGUGAUGGACAAACUUAUCAGCCGGGGAGCCAACCCAAACGCGUACUCGGAGUUCGCUGGCCUUGUCAUCAAUGCAGCUAUCGCUUCAGGAAACUUCAAAGCGGUGGAGCUGCUGGUACAGAAAGGCGUCUUGCCAACCACACAGGCCCGGGAUACUCAACCUCCACUUGAACAGGCGGCUGAGAUGACAGAUAUCUCCAUGCUUGAUUGCUUGAUAGAGAAGUACAAGGACAAGAUUCCGCCCGAAGACUACAGCAAAGCCAUGGUUGCGGCCGCAAGAGCUGGGAGACUAGCGGCUUUCAACAAACUCCUCGAGUUUGAGCAUAACAACGAGUGGUUCCAGAAGGCUCUCGACUCUGCAACAGCUUAUGGAAAAUGGGAAAUCGUGCCAGUGAUUCUCAAGAGUCGCCGCGGGCUGAACUGCGAUGAAGCCUUCUAUCAGGCAGCUAUUAAUACCGAAAACAAGGACAAGAGUCUUGGGAUUCUCUGGGAGUACUCGGAUGGAACUGUCUCGAGAGAGAAGCUAAAUCAGUCGCUGUAUGAAGCCACCGAUAACCAGAAGCUCAGCACCGUCACCAUUCUCCUCGACACAUUUGCUGCUGACCCCAAUGCUACUGGAGAAGAGUACGGGAAUGCCCUCACAGCCGCGUCAUACGAUGGGAGAUUAGACAUUCUGCGACUCUUGCUAGAUGCAGGCGCUGAUGUGAACUCAUCAGAUGGAUGGGCUCUUCAGACAGCGGCAUCGGAAGGCCAUUAUGGCAUUGUCAAAGAGCUUCUUGACAGAGGUGCGGAUGUGAACGCUUUCACAAAAAGCGAAAAAUUUGUUGAAGGCACCGCCCUGCAAGCAGCAACCGAGGCUGGCUGGAAGGAUAUCGUCUCGUUACUUCUCGAACACAACGCAGACCCAAACUUUGGCGGUGGGCAAGACGCACCUCCAAUCCUUGCAGCGGCAAUGUACGGCAACCCAGAGAUUUUGGAUUUGCUUGUUGAUAAGAAAGCAAAUGUCAACGUUUACGGUGGCUGUGACCAAUCGACACCACUGAUCAAUGUAGUGGAGCAGAUAUCUGGCACGGAAUCCCUGGAGAAGCUUCUCAAUGCUGGAGCUGAUAUCAACGCGACCAAUGCGGAUGGCGACACUGCUCUUAUUGUUGCGGCGAGGGAAGGAGACCGGAGUGUCGUCCGGUUUUUGUUGAAGAAGGGUGCAGAUGUUAUGCACUUCUCAAACAAUGGAACGAACGCACUGAAAGCGGCACUCGCAGAAGACCAAACAAGCUGCUUGAAGGUUUUGAUUAAUCAUGUCUCAAAGAUCAUGUUGGCUCUGAAGUCUGCCAUGGAUACCGGGAACACUGCGGUGGCUGGAGUUGUGCGAGCGGCCAUGGCAGCUCCGCAAGGUCUUAACUACGACGAUGAGGGGGCACAAAAUGAGACCGAGGAUUCGGAUGACGAUUCGGAAGAUGAGGAGGACGAAGAAAAAGUAAACAAUGAUGAAGAAGAAGACCAAGAGGAGCCUACAGUCGGACCGGUUCGUUUCGAGAGUGAAACGCCGGAUGACGCGAGUAUUGCGAAUUCCGAGCAGCGCCGAGGAGAAGAUCUGAAGUCAAAUACAGACUCCUUGGAGAUGGAAACAGAGGAUUCGUACGAAGUAUCUGUUUACGCCGCACCCGAGGGUCAGGUUUCCCGUGAGUUCUCUCGUAGAGUCACUUGGCAAGCUGGGGAUAAGCGAGGGGAGUCGGCAAGUGAUGGUCGCCACGAUCAACAAGAGGCAGCGCAUCCUCAGCAACCACAGCAGCAGCAUCCACGCAACCAAAACGGCGCCAUUGUGAAGCUAGCAUCGGCAGGACGGCAAAUGUCAGAGCCAACUCACCCUACCUACUCUUCCGCCUAUGAGCUCAAUGAUCAGAUCCCGGAGGCCCCAACGACGCCCACCUUCCAAAGACAACAGCUACCGAGCACAGUAGCAACUCCAGGGUUGGCCACGGUCUCUGAAAAUGAACAAGCACAACAGGCAUUCCGCCAAUGGGCGGCAUACAACCAAGUACUUUCCUCAAUGGCGGCUCAAACAGAGAACGGCCAGUAUCUGGCGUACAGUGAUAUGUCUUCUUACGAUGGCAGCUCUUGGGGUCAGUCAUUUACUCCAGCGGUAUCGCAUCAGGGAAUGGUAGCAAAUUAUGGCAACAUAUAUCAACCAUAUGUCCCACCAGGCCACGCUCACGAUCCCCAGAAUGCCCCUGAAGUUGUAUCGCCAACUUCUUCGCCUCAGCAAAACUUGCAGCAGCAGGCCCAACAACAACAGCAACAACAACCACAAUCAGGGGCAUACAACCCGACAGUACAAACACAGGUUGGGCCCCCUAUUGCCGGCUAUGUUGUCUACACAAACGAAGGGCAGCCCCAGUACUACCAGCCGUACCACGUCGUCAGGAAUCAGGGGAGCAGUCCUCUCUCCAACAAUAAUAGCAAUAGCGGAUCAAGUCUUGGUGGCGGAAGCAGUACCGCCAUCAAUAAUAGUCAAAUCCAUGUAGGUGGAGGAGCACCGAGCAAGUCACCACCACCUUCGGCUUCAACAACGACGUCAGCGCCGCUGCGACCGGCGCCAGUUCCAGCUCUGCAGCGUCAGCCUAGACCACAGAGUUCCAGCUUCUUUAAAGGGAUGUUCAAUAAGAAAAGUUGAUAGCUUCAAUUCUACGAACACAGAUACAUCAAUCGAUUAUUAUAACACUAUCAACCUCAAUGCACGAAAGCUGCACUCCUUUCAGCAUGUGAUCCGGGGAAGUUGGUUUGAGGAGUUACUCGGGACGUGCGAAUUGACAUGCCUUCUAAGGCUUCCGCAAGAUAUCCCACCAGAAACUACGCAAAGCAACCUAGAGCGACACUCCAAAGAUUACGAGCGACAUUUGGUGGUAUUUCAAGUCGGAAUUGGCGUCAGGGUGCAUCUAUG